AUGAGCAACGAGAGGGCCGAGUCGAAAGCAUUUCUUCAUGACUUGUUGAAUCAGACUCUCCGUAUGACGGUCAGCGAUGGCAGAAGCUUUGUUGGCAAUUUCAUGUGUACAGACCGAGACGCAUCUGUCAUCCUCUCCGACACCUGGGAGUAUCGCGGCGGUAAGGCAACUUUAGAAGGCUUGAUCUGA